AAUAAACAACUUUUAAAAAUCAAUUUCUGUUGUGAUGGUGAUGUACCUUUUUGGCUCAUUUUUAUUUCAUCGUCAUUCAGUGUAGCGACGACAAAGUUGUGCCUUCUCAAACGGAAGAAAAUGUUUUUGAUUAAAGCGAUAUUGCAUUUCGUUUUGUUCGUAUUGUCAUCCGUUGGAAUUCAUUACUAUUUCGAGUUAAAUGUGUGUGUUACACUUCUGACACUUAUUCAUUGCUACGCUGCUAGUUACUAUGUAUCGCUCUGGUUCAUAAAAUUCGCAUUUCUCUUCCCGUGCACAAAAAUAAAAUCGGAUAACAAAUGUGUCCUCGUUACAGGAUGUGACACUGGUUUUGGCCAUCAGACAGCUCUUCUUCUGAACAAAAAUGGAUUCAAGGUAUUUGCUGCCUGCAUCGAUUCGAACGGCGAGGGUGCUAUCGCUCUCAGACACAAAGCUCAUUAUCCUGCCAAAAUGAUUGUAAUCAGAAUGGAUGUCACCAGCGAUAAAGAUAUAGAAGCAGCAUACGAAACGGUCAAAAGUUCCAUGGCAAAUGGCGAACUUCUUUUUGGUUUAGUGAAUAAUGCGGGAAUAGCCAAGGCCACAGAAUUCGAAUGGUGUGCUGACAUACGUGAUGGGAAGAAAGUGAUUGAAGUGAAUUUAAUGGGAAUGAUCUAUGUGACUCGAAGGUUUAUUCCGUUGAUACGACAGGCGAAAGGUAGAAUUAUCAAUAUUGAAAGUGUGUCUGCGUUUCUACCGACACCGUAUAGUCCCUUCUAUGGAACAUCAAAGUAUGGAGCGGCUGGAUUUAGUGAAAAUUUAAGAGUUUCCAUGCACAAAUUUGGAGUAUCCGUGGUUUCGCUAAUGCCGUUCUUCUACAAAACCCCAAUAUGUGAUGCUAACCGGCUAGCAGACGAAUUUGAAAGCAGCUACAAAACGUCGUCGGAAGAGGUGCGCAGGGCGUACGGGGAACAAUAUGUGAAAAAUGCCCAAGCUGGAAUGUCUUUAACGAAAUACGCGUUCAAAUCGCAAACGGUGCCGAAAGUAAUUGCUUCAGCGUUAACUGUUUAUGAACCGGACCCAAAAUAUAUUGUCGCACCAUUGCUAGUGCAACCAGGACUUCGGUUAUUGUUGUGGCUACCGAAAGAAACACGAGACGCAUAUUUCCAAUUAACAGCUUGGUUUACAGGAACACAUAAAGCCUAUCCGGAUUGAUUGAGAAAGUACAUUCGAUUGAACAAUCUCUAAUUUUAUACUUGGAUUAAUUGUUACAAUAUUGUCAGACUAAAGAAACUCAAUUUGAAGUCUUUUCUUACGCUAGCGAGUGUUACGAUGUAAAAUCCACGAUAAAAUCGAUUCAGAAUUAGUCGAUUCAAAGUUUGUCUGUAUUUUCCCCGUCCUGGUACUGAGUAUGGCUCAUUUAUUUAUAAACCGUUGUUAGCAUUUUUACUCAUUAGGUCAAAGUCAAAGAUUAAUAUUGGAUGAUUUUCCGGUUAAGUAAUGUCAAUCAAUCAAUCAAUUUGUGUUUUUAUGUAAAUAACAUGUUUAUUGCUAAUAUAUACGCAAGACGACGACGCAAAUGUAAUUUGUUAUGCUGACGAAUUGUUAUAAACCGGGUGUGUCGGCGACUCUCAAAAGACCUUUCCACUUUCCAUUAUAAACUAAACAAUCUCCAGGGCCU